AUGAACGAGGUGAGGCUGAUAGCGAAGCUCCAGCACCGAAACCUCGUCCGCCUCCUCGGGUGCUGCAUCGAGGGCGAGGAGAGGAUUCUCGUCUACGAGUACAUGCCCAAUAGAGGCCUAGACUCCUUCCUUUUCGGUUAG